AUGCGCAACGCCGCCAUUUUCUUGGUCUCCCUUCCUCGGCCUACAAAUUUCGUGAAGCCCGAAAUCCUUGUUAUCAGAUUUCCCAACGACUCUCAAGAUCUUGCUUUCCCACCUUCCUGGAAGCAGAGUUCUAUCUUCACAGGUCUCUAUACUUUUUUAAGAACAGCAGAAAAUGAACCAAUCCCAGGGGUCAAUGUCAUUUGGAGAUGUGGCUGUGGGCUUCUCCUGGGAGGAAUGGCGGCACCUAAACCCUGCUCAGAGGACCCUAUACAGAGAUGUGAUGCUGGAGAACUACCACAACCUUGUCUCAGUGGGUUAUUUCAUUACCAAGCCAGAGGUGAUCUUCAAGUUGGAACAAGGAGAGGAGCCAUGGGUAUUAGAGGAAGAGUUUCUAUACUGGAACUACCCAGAAGACUGCAAAGCUCUUGACCUAACAGAGAGAAUCCAGGAAAACCAAGACAAAUAUUUGCCACAAGUUGCAUUCAACGAAAAAACACUGACUUCAGAGAAAGAUAAUGCUUUAGGAAAAUCGUCUAAUAUGAUCACAAACUUUGUUCCUUCAAGAAAAAUGCCCUACAAAAAUGACUUACAUGGAAUGAGUUUGAAAAAUAUUUCAUUAUCAAUUGGUAGUAAUAGAAACUCCUCAAGAAAGAAGCCUGACAUGUUAAAUGUAUAUGAGAAAUUACUUGAUACUAAGCAGGAAAAAGCUCCUACUCGAGAGAAUUCUUACAAAAAUAAUCAAAAUGACAAAGCUCAUGGUCAUAAUAGUGGUAUUAUUCAGCACCUAAAUAUUCAAACUUCAGAGAAGACUUUUAAAUAUAAUAAUGGUGGAAAAGGCUUAGACAAAAAGACUAUAAUAAUUUCACACAGGCAAAUUCACACAGGAGAGAAAUUCUGUGAGUAUAAUGGACUUGGAGAAACUUGUGAGAAGUCAUCUCUCUUGAAAUGUAAUGGAGUCUACAUGGAAAUGAAACAGUAUGAAAGUAAUCAAAUUGAAAAUAGUUUCAACAGGAUGUCACACUUUACUCAACUUGAGAAAAAUCAGAGAGGAAAGAGUCUAUUCAAAUGUAGUGAAUGUGGGAAGACAUUUAUCCAGAAGUCAAACCUCACAGUGCAUCAGAGAACCCACACAGGAGAGAAACCCUAUGAAUGUACUGAAUGUGGGAAAUCCUUCCAGCAGAAGUCAACCCAUAUGGUCCAUCAGAGAGUUCAUACAGGAGAGAAACCCUAUGAAUGUAAUUUAUGUGGGAAGUCCUUCAGUCACAAAUCAGCCCUCACCGACCAUCAGAGAGCACAUACAGGAGAGAAACCCUACAAAUGUGGUGGAUGUGGGAAGUCUUUUUACCGGAAGUCAUCCCUCACUCAACAUGAGAGAACUCACACAGGGGAAAAACCCCAUGAAUGUAAUGAAUGUGGGAAAGGCUUCUGUCAGAAGUCAGCCCUCAUUCAACAUCUGAGAACUCACACAGGAGAGAAACCCUAUGAAUGUAAUGAAUGUGGGAAAGCCUUCUGUCAGAAGUCAGCCCUCAAUCAACAUCAGAGAACUCACACAGGAGAGAAACCCUUUCAGUGUGAUGAAUGUGGAAAGUUUUUUCAUAUGAAGUCAGCACUUACUAAACAUCAGAGAACUCACACAGGGGAAAAACCUUAUGAAUGUAAUGAAUGUGGGAAGAAUUUCUGUCAGAAAUCUACCCUCACUAAUCAUCUGAGAACUCACACAGGAGAGAAACCUUAUAAAUGUAGUGAAUGUGGGAAAACUUUCUGCCAGGGAUCAACCCUUACUAAUCAUCAGGGAAUUCACAUAAGGCAGAAACCCUGUGUGACAGAAACUCACUGUGUUUUUGCUAAUACCCUUUUCCUUUUUUUGCUUGGUACACAACUAGUCAAGAUUUUCUAGCCUUCCUUUCAACCAUAUGGGGUCAUGUGACCAAGCUCUGGCUCAGAAUGUGGGCACAAGUGAUGUACAUUAUUUCCAAGCCUGUAAAAGAGCUCAUUUGGAACCUUUUGUACUUCCCAGUUUUCUUUCCCUAUGAAAGGGCAGUGGACAU